AUGUCAUCUCAUGAAAUCGUCAUUCUAUGGUUGGACCCUAACAUUGGUGUUCCUGACAGUUAUGUUCAUCUGAAAGAAGCUUUUUCUACUACUAUUGAUCCAACAUAUCCAUAUCCAAUAAGUCUAUAUGAUCGAAAUUCUAUUACAUUUAAUUUAAAUAAGACUAAUUCAAAAUCUCAAUAUCAAUUUCAAGGUCCAUGUGAAUUACAAUUCUUUACUGAUGAAGAACAAUGUUUAGAAUCUAUAGAUAAAUGUUUCAAUACAAAUAAACAAAUAUUUUUAAUUCUACCUGAUUAUGUUCGAAAAGAUUUUUUUCUACGCAUUUAUAAACAACAUCCAAAAGAAUUUCAAAAGACUGAAAGUGAAAUAUCAAUAAGAUUUUAUAUAUUUAUCUUUAUGCCUAAAAUUGAAGAAUGGUUUUUCGAUUAUGAAGAUUAUCUUCGAAUUUAUUAUCAUGAAGCCGAUCUUUUGUAUGCACUCACACGAGAUAUAGCAAUAUAUUUUAUGAUGAUAGGUAAAAACCUAUGUAAUGAAAAUGCACUUAAUGAUAUUCAGCAAGCGCUAAUUUAUUUUCAUUGGGCCAAUAAACUUCUUUGUCGUGGAAAUUCCAUUUCAUCUUAUAAAGAAAUUGAGCUUCAAACUUACUUAGAAACAAUGAUUAAUAAAAGUGAAAAAAUCAUUCAUUCAAUGGAAAAGGAAAAUUAUUUACAAGAUGAUUCCAAAAAUAAAUUAAUCGAAAAUAUGUUUAUUUAUUAUCCAACAGAAUCUAACGAUCAAGCAUUGAAAUUAGCGACCAUAGUCAAUGAAAUAAUAGAUAAAAAGCCAUUAUUAUUCAAUAAUUUAAAAGAUUUUCUUUUUAAUUUACAAUUAGAACAAUAUAAAAAUCAGCAUAAUUGUCUGAUAAUAUUGGUGUCAAAUAUUGAUAAUCAAAUAAAUAUUUUCGAAGAAUUAUCAUCAAUGCAAUCAAUUGAACAUUUUUAUGUUUUACAUUUAAGUGAAAAUAUAUUAAUUGAACAAAACAAUAAUCGAACGCUAUUGAAAACAUUUUCAAAAAUUCGAAAUAUUCAUUCAAAUAUGAAAACACUUGUACAAGGAUGGAUAAUGGAUCAUUCAACAGAUUGUGAACAAUUUGGAGACUAUUUUAAAGAAAAUGGUGAUUCAAAUCAGGCACAUUUGUAUUAUGAAAAAUCCAUAAAACUUAAUGAAUGUCUGUCUGUUUUCAGUAAAAAAUACUAA